GCUGCGCCUGUGCAUGCGCAGGGCGGGGAGACCUUGGCGAGGCGGCUGAGGAGCUUAGCGGACGGGGAACCACUGGCGGAAAGGAAAGUUGAGAGGCAAGAUGCAGAGCUGGAGUCGUGUGUACUGCUCCUUGGCCAAGAGAGGCCAUUUUAGUCGGAUAUCUCAUGGCUUACAGGGAGUUUCUGCAGUGCCUCUGAGAACUUAUGCAGAUCAACCAAUUGAUGCUGAUGUGACAGUGAUAGGUUCUGGUCCCGGAGGAUAUGUCGCUGCUAUAAAAGCUGCCCAGUUGGGCUUCAAGACAGUCUGCGUUGAGAAAAAUGAGACGCUUGGGGGAACGUGCUUGAAUGUUGGUUGUAUUCCUUCUAAGGCUUUAUUAAAUAACUCUCAUUAUUAUCAUAUGGCCCAUGGAAAAGAUUUUGCAUCUAGGGGAAUUGAAAUGUCUGAAGUUCGCUUGAAUUUGGAGAAGAUGAUGGAGCAGAAGAGUACAGCAGUAAAAGCUUUAACUGGUGGAAUUGCCCACUUAUUCAAACAGAAUAAGGUUGUCCACGUAAAUGGAUAUGGAAAGAUAACUGGCAAAAAUCAGGUCACCGCUACGAAAGCUGAUGGCAGCACUCAAGUUAUUGAUACAAAGAACAUUCUUAUUGCUACAGGUUCGGAGGUUACACCUUUUCCUGGAAUCACGAUUGACGAAGAUACAAUAGUGUCAUCUACAGGUGCUUUAUCUUUAAAAAAAGUUCCAGAGAAGAUGGUUGUCAUUGGUGCAGGAGUAAUAGGUGUAGAACUGGGUUCAGUUUGGCAAAGACUUGGUGCAGAUGUGACAGCAGUUGAGUUUUUAGGUCAUGUUGGUGGAGUUGGAAUUGAUAUGGAGAUAUCUAAGAACUUUCAACGCAUCCUUCAAAAACAAGGAUUUAAAUUUAAAUUGAAUACAAAAGUUACUGGUGCUACCAAGAAGUCAGAUGGAAAAAUUGAUGUUUCUAUUGAAGGUGCUUCUGGUGGGAAAGCCGAAGUUAUCACGUGUGACGUACUCUUGGUUUGCAUUGGCCGACGACCCUUUACUCAGAACUUGGGACUGGAAGAGCUUGGAAUUGAACUAGAUCCUAGAGGUAGAAUUCCAGUCAAUACCAGAUUCCAAACUAAAAUUCCAAACAUCUAUGCUAUUGGGGACGUGGUUGCCGGUCCAAUGCUGGCUCACAAAGCAGAGGAUGAAGGCAUCAUCUGUGUUGAAGGAAUGGCUGGUGGCGCUGUGCACAUUGACUACAACUGUGUACCCUCUGUGAUUUACACACACCCUGAAGUUGCUUGGGUCGGCAAAUCCGAGGAGCAGCUGAAGGAAGAGGGUAUUGAGUACAAGGUUGGGAAAUUCCCCUUUGCUGCUAACAGCAGAGCUAAGACAAAUGCGGACACAGAUGGCAUGGUGAAGAUUCUGGGACAGAAAUCAACGGACAGGGUGUUGGGAGCACAUAUUCUAGGACCGGGCGCUGGUGAAAUGGUGAAUGAAGCUGCUCUCGCGCUGGAGUACGGAGCAUCCUGUGAGGAUAUAGCCAGAGUCUGCCAUGCACAUCCGACCUUAUCAGAAGCUUUUAGAGAAGCAAACCUGGCUGCAUCGUUUGGCAAACCAAUCAACUUUUAAAUUAGAAGAUUAUAUUUUUCUGAAAUUUCCUGGGAGCUUUUGUGGAGGUCACAUUUCUGAAUAGGAAAUGAUCACAGCUCCAAGAAUUUCUAGGACUGAAUUAUGAAACUUUUGGAAGGUUUUAAUAGGUUCGGAGAGAAUGGAAUAAUCUCAUCUAUUUUAAAAUAAAUUGAAUAUUUUGUUUCAGUGCAUUGAAAUUGCAGAAAAAAGCUACUUAUAGUAGCAUCCUGGAAAAUUUUCUUCAACCCAUAUUUUCAUGUUGUUUCUGAACGAUUCGACUUCACUAAAUGUAUGUUACAUAGCUUUUAUCUCUGCUCUUGUAAAGUUGGAUUUACUUACAUGGAUGGAGCUGGCAUAGGGUAUGUGAGCCAGCUGUGUUUGAAGCAAGGUGAUCAAGUUAUUUUAAACUUGGUUUUCGUAUUGGAAACAGUCAUUAGGAUCAGAUUAAAGUAUGUAUAAACCAUACUGAUGUAAAUAAAUGAUCUCAUUUAUUUUAUUUAAUCCCUAAAUUCUUGCAGCUUGGAGGUAGAAUUUAUGUUUAAAUUUUUAAGGACCCAUUGAGGUCUGCAGUUUCUAGUUAUCCAGUUAGCCAAAUUAAGGAGGUAUAUCUGUGAAAUUCAGAUACUAAAUGGAGACAUAACUGUAUUACAGCAGGGAAUGAAAAUACAGAAAUAAAUAGCUUAAAUAUUCAUUUACCUGUUGUUUUGAGUGGAUGUCAAGAUGGUCCUAAUUCUUUAUGACUACCUGUAGUGUAUAUUCUUACCUUACGUCUGUUUAUUCCUCUUCUAGGCCUGGAUGUAUCUUUUUACCACACUGGGGGACGACACUAAGGCAUUUAAAAGGUCAUUACCCUUUCAUCUGUUGUAGUGAUACCAGCUAACUGUGGAGCAUACACUUUUGGAGACACAGCAUAUGGAAAAUUUAAUCUGUUUUCUCCUGUGGCUUUCUAGUGUAUCCGUGGCUGGGUAAAUGACUUUCUUUAAAGAGAGCUAUAAAAUCAUAUUUAUCAAUAAAUGUUUAAAAUGGCCAGCUUUUGAAACACUUCAGUAACAAAGUAUUAAAUGUUAAAAUAGGCUUUUGCAUAUUUUAACUAAAUUAAAGAACCAGAUUAAGUAGUUCUCAAAUUUAGGAUAGCAUAUUCUAACAAGGAAAAACUAAAAGUACUAGAAAUGUGCAAACCAGAUACUCACUUGAUUGCAACUUACAGAUCACAGCCUAAGGGAAAGUUUAGAGAGUGUAAUGUGUCAGCAGAAGGCUAUGUGGGAUAAAGUACUGUCAAUUGCUCAGUUAGAAGGAAAGUGUUGGGUUGUCCUCAGGUUUUAAUUGCAUCAUCAGUGGGUCACAUUUCCCUUUUUCUUCUAUGUCCAGUGGUCUGGGACUGUGAUGGUCAUGAGUGAUCCAUUAUAAAGACUUUGGAUUCUCUUACUUACCUUGGAAAAAUAGGGAGUUUCUCUCUCAGUGGGCAGUUAACUUGGCUGAACCCCAACUCCAUUUUUGCUGGGGGCAGCAGCUGAAACAUUUACCCAGGCAUUUCAGCUUUACCUUGGCUGCAUUAUAUCUGUCCCAUGCAUGGUCAACCGGACACUGGGCAAAUGAUAUGCAGAGUUGGGGGGGGUCCUCCCCACAUGUGUCUCUCUUCUGGGGCUCCCCCCGCCUCAUAUUUUAGUUAUUCUCAUUGCCCCCGGCCCAGUCUUCUGAUUCCUUAAUCAGUAAAACUUGGCUUCUGCCUAGUGUGAUACUUGCUGGGACCCAGUGCUGUUCUCGGUCACCUCCCCUCUAUCUCCGGCCUGCUUCUGGUGGGUCUCCAGGACCUUUACUUUAAAACAUCUGUAUUUUGUUCAGAUUCUGCAGUAGUCAUAGCAGGAGGGCUGGCCUGAGACAUGCUACUCUGCCAUUAUUGGAAAUUACCUCUGUGUGUUUAAAAAUCUGAAAUCCCAGUAUUAUGUGAAGUGCUAGUUUAAACUUCAAACAUGUUACCUACUUUAGGGAAAGAAAUAUAGUGAGAAAUAGAAUUUAAUAUGAAGUUCUAGUUAUAGAAACACAAAAUAGUUAAAUAUAUCUAGGCGGGAAUGAAGUUGUGGGUAUAAAACAGAUUUUAAAUAUUCAUUUAUUAUUUACUAAGUUCUCACUAUUUUCUUGGAUUGUGAGGGUUGGGAAUUAGUUGUCCAGUUCCCUGAGUUAAUUAAAAUGAGUGAUUCUGAUGUAACAUCUUCAGUCGUUUAGCUAGAGAGGAAUGGGUAGUAGAAAAGACUUCAAUUUUAAAUAAAAUAUUUAAAAUUAAGGGAAAAAAUUAGUUGCUGUAGUAGAUGAUGAGGUAAAACCACUUUGCUAGGUAGUAGGAUUUCUACCUAAAUAAAAA